AAAACCUUUCCUAAAGGAAGCCACAUCUGUUGAAGCUGGCAUGGAAGACUGUUCUCAGGAGGAGCGAGAUGCAAAGUUCAAGGGAACUGCCUGCGAAGACACACGGUGACGGCGCUGGGUUAUAUAAUGUGCCUUGGUGUGAGGAAGCUCUUUGUUCUAUUUACAAAUCCCUGUAUUACUGACAAGGAAACUUUGAUGGCUGCCUUCCAAAGACAACAACGAAGAAAGAAAGAAAGGGCUGGGAAAGAAACCUGAAGUCGUGAGUCUGGUGGAGCCCUGCGUGUUUCCAAACGCCCUGCUCUGAGUUCAUCCCACCAGUAAGGCUGUGCAGCGUGAAAACUGAGUACUUUGUAGCUGUGUGUGUCUGAAUGCAUCAGCCUCUGGAGGUGAGCGUCUUCCCUUGAAACAGCCUCGUGAUAUCCAGGUGCCUUCUCUCUUGGGAGGUCCCUUAGAAGAGCCUGUCUGUACGUCUGACUGUGGGUGCCUGACGGGGCUGCCUUGCUUCCAGACUGAACCAUGUCCCACCCAUCCUGGCUGCCACCCAAGAGUACCAACGAGCCUGUUGGCCACGUUACUGCAAGGAUGGAGACCACACACACCUUUGGGACUCCCAGCAUCUCCGUGUCCACCCAGCAGACCCCAAAGAAGUUUGCGCCUGUGGUCGCCCCCAAACCAAAGUACAACCCAUACAAGCAACCAGGAGGUGAUGGCGACUUUCUUCCUCCCCCACCCCCUCCUGUGGAUGACCUUGGGAACAUCACAUCAUCACAAGGUGCCUUUCCCCCACCACCCACUCUGGAUGAUGUUACUUACAAUGUACAGGUGAAUCCUGGUGGCAAGACACUUGAGGAGAGGCGGUGCAGUUUAGAUGCAGAAAUUGACUCUCUGACCAGCAUCCUGGCUGACCUAGAGAGCAGCUCUCCAUACAAGCCUCGGACUCAACAGGGCUCGGGGACCUCAAGCAGCUCCGCUGCCACCACCCCAUCCGUGUCCACUCCUGUCACUGGCCACAAGCGGAUGAUCAUCCCCAACCAGCCUCCCCUCACCGCCACCAAGAAGUCCACUGCCAAGGGCCCGGGGCAGCCAGCGCCCAUCCCAGUCACUCCGGUUGGCACCCUGAAGCCGCAGCCGGUGCCGGCCUCCUACGCCACGGCCUCCACGCCGAGCCGCCCGGCCUUCAACGUGCAGGUGAGGACGGCGCAGCCCAGCCCGCACUACCAGCCGCCCAGCCCGCAGCCCGGGCACUACGGCAGCCUGGGCCCCGGCCAGCCCUACGGCUCCGCGCCGUCCCGCCAGCCCACGGCCCCUCAGUACGGAGCGCCGCAGCCCCAGGGGCCCGGCUACGGCUACGGCCCUGCGCCCGGCCGGCCCGCGGAGCCCGCCUACGGCUACGCGCCCCCGCAGGGCCGCUACCAGGACCCCUACUACGGGGGCUACGGCGGCAGGAACGGCUCCGAGGCGCCCUACGUGCCGCAGAGCUCCUGGAAGGCCGAGCCGGCGUAUCCUGCGAGUAAUGCCAUGGGCCAGGCUCCCCCUGGGCUCUACCAGCCACCGGGCACGAAGAAGACCUACAUCACUGACCCAGUGCUGGCCCCGCAGCCGCCCACCCUGCAGCAGAAGAGUGGAUAUCCAAGUUCUGGCCCUACAUCAAGCACUCCUGCCUUCAGGCCUGAGGAUGAGCUGGAACAUCUGACCAAGAAAAUGCUGUAUGACAUGGAGAAUCCUCCGUCCGAUGAGUACUUUGGACGCUGUGCCCGCUGUGGGGAGAAUGUUGUUGGAGAAGGCACCGGUUGCACAGCCAUGGACCAAGUCUUCCACGUGAAGUGUUUCACCUGCAUAACGUGCAAGAGCAAGCUGAGGGGACAGCCUUUCUACGCCGUGGAGAAGAAAGCCUACUGUGAACCCUGCUACAUUAAUACACUGGAGAAGUGCAGUGUCUGUGAAGAGCCCAUCAUGGAAAAGAUCCUCCGAGCCACUGGGAAAGCCUACCAUCCCCACUGCUUCACCUGCGUGAUGUGCCAUCGCAGCCUGGAUGGGAUCCCCUUCACUGUGGAUGCUGGUGGCAACAUCCACUGCAUUGAGGAUUUCCAUAAGAAAUUUGCCCCCAGGUGUUCUGUGUGUAAGGAGCCCAUCAUGCCAGCCCCAGGACAAGAGGAGACCGUGCGCAUUGUUGCCCUGGAUCGUGACUUCCAUGUGCAGUGCUACCGGUGCGAGGACUGUGGUGGCCUCCUGUCUGAAGGGGACAAUCAGGGCUGUUACCCUCUGGACGGGCACAUCCUUUGCAAGACAUGCAACUCUGCUCGGAUCCAGGCUCUGACUGCCAAGGCCAGCACUGAUCUCUGAGUAACAGCUGUGACCCUCCCCAGGAUGCCCAUUGGGGGAUAUUGCACAAGCUUUGCAUGAUUGCUUUCCAGCCUAGGGUCUGAAUCUCUGUUAUUGAAAAAAAGAAA